AUGAGGACGUUACUUUUCCAAGCGCUGAUUUUUGGCGCAUUUGCCGACUACUGGGUGAACUUGCGGCUGUGCUCGGACAAGAAUCGGAAAACCGGCGUUCUCCAAGACGCGAUUGUUACUGGCGGUAAACUCUUUCUCAUCAACGACGUGGUCAAAGGCGCAGCAACUUGGAAAAUGAAAAAUAUGGGCGCGACAGAGUGUUCUCCAAAAUACUGCAAAUGGCAACUCAACGGAAAGUACAACGUCAAUUUCAAAGAAAUGAUGAAGAUCGGCCCUUUUCCGGGAAACAUCAAAGACGCCUCCUUCAUGGCGAUCGACUACAGAAGCAUGGACAUUCUCUGCGUAGAGGAGUUUACGAUCGACGGAGGAAACGGCAAGAAACUCGACAUUCUGGAAAACUACAUUUCUUGGGCGUGGGAUCCUUCUCAAGGGCGCCAGAACUGGGAAUCGAGAACCAAUCGCAAACUCGCUUACUGGUCGACCAUGUGUUCAGACAAGUCCGUAACUGACGACGAACACGUGAUCAAAUCAUCGCCGAAUGCAAAGGUCGCUGAACUGGUAAAGACGGGAUUUCUUUCACACAAGAUCGUCCCGCCAAAUGGAAACCCUCUCGUCCUCACCGCGCCUUUUCACCAGUCUUGCCGGCAACACAUCGUGAUUCAGACGCGUCUGGUCAACGAGUGUCGCGAAGGAACUCACAAUUGCCACGAACACGCAAUUUGUUCGGAUACGAAGAACGCAUUCAGCUGCAAAUGCAAACCUGGCUACGUCGGAAACGGAUUCAUGGUCAACGCGCUCCUCAGCCAGGAAUUGGUCGACGAGAUCGGCUGCAAGCCCCCUCCACCGACGAUUGUCUCCAUAAAGUCGCAAAACGAUGAGUUUAUCAUUUCUGGAAGAAACUUUAAAAACUUGGACGGAAGCAGCGGAGUCGCUCUCAUCGAUGGAAAACCAAUCGACGCUGAGUUCUUCAAGGACCGAGUGAUUUUGAGCGAAUUGGAAAGAUACCUAGACGAAACUGAUUUUUACGGGAUAGAAAUUGAAACUGAAGGAGGAAUUUCCAACAGAAAGACUUUCAAGUUUGUUGCUCCAGAAACGACAACAGAAAUUGUCACGACAACAACAACAACCACAACUACUACAACGACAACAACUACUACUACAUCAACCACGACGACGACGACGACGACAACAACGACUACUACUACAACAACCACGACGACAACAUCAACAACUACAACGACAACGACAACUACGACUUCGAUUCCCGAAACAACUGAGAUGGAAUGGACCACCACAACGGCAAGCAAAUCUCCUUACCGCCCGCAUAUUGUCCGCGUGAUUAACGCUGAAGAAACUCUCAAUAUUCGAGGAGAGAGAUUUGAAAAUUCUGAUUACACUGAAGGGCGUGUGUUAAUAAACGGCAAGACGGUUCCAGCAGUCUUCAAUGGCAAACGAUACGCUGUUAAUCACGCUGCUGUUCCUUACGAAGAAGGAGAGCUAGAAAUCGUUAUCCAAACUGAUUUCGGAAGAUCAGAUGCCUUCGUUAUCGCCAGCGAGGAAGAAACAACGACGACGACCACAACUACAACCACGACAACGUCAACAACGACCCCGACAACCACAACCACAAAAAACAAGCGACCAUUCAUUCAAUACGUCGCCGAAGACGAAGAAGAUUCGCUGUUCAUCGCCGGAGAAAAUCUCUCAUCAUCAACCCGCGUGUUUAUCAACAACAGACUUGUUGAGUCAGACUUUUCUCACGGCGAGGGAGUCGCAACCAUCGGUCACUUGCCGACGGGAUACUACACGAUGCACACUACUGUUUCACCACCGGAAAUUUAUGGAAUCAUGUACCUAAGCGAUGAUAUAACACUUAUCCGCGCUGGAAACCAUCAACUUCCCGAAUUCGGAUACCUCUUCGUCGAUGACAAAGAAAUCUACAAUUACUCAGUGGAGGAAACUGGCAACAUCAGCCUCGACGUCUCCAACAUGGAAAAUGGAGAGCAUACGGUGCAAAUUCACACCGUCUAUGGCGCCUCGAACAAGAAAAUCUUCACAACUUAUCAUCAGGAGCCAGAAAUCACCGCGGUUUUCCCGAUCGAAGAAGGAUUCAGAAUCAUCGGUCGGUUUUUCGGAAGUCAAAGUGUAGGUGAUCACGUGGUCGCCAUCGACGGAGAAAAUAAGCAACACAAAUUGAGGAUCACCUCUUGGAAUAACACGAUCAUCGAGGUCGAAUCUGAUCCAACUCUUUCCACAGGCAUCUAUAAUUUCCGAAUCAACUUACACAACGGGCGUCUUUCCAACGAGUCACCUGUUGGAAUCGUUUCUCAGACAUUCGAAGAGCCAGUUGAAGAAUCUCAAGCAUCCAACAAGAAAUCAGUCUUUCCCGAAAUGCUAAUGGACUUUGCUGAAAUCGAGUAUGAAUCAGAAGAAGAGGAAGAAGUUGAAGAACAAGAGGAAGAUGAUAACGAAGGAAACGCUCCCUGCAACGAUGGAAACGCCUACUGGCCAGUGGCGAAGAAGAUCGACAAUUUGCGAAUUCUGCAGCAAUUUGUUGUAGAGAGAAACAACAAGCAACUUACUGAGCGUUUUACAUCUUUUGCCGAAAGACCGAAGAAAAUGAAAACAGCUGGCAAAGUCUUCAUCUCAGGCCCUCUCAAUCCAAACCAUCGAUCAAUCGGCAACUCGACUAGUUCUGUCAGCGGAAACAAGUUUUUACUGCCACUUCAAUCGGUUGGAAUGAAAAUUCAUCAAGUCGUGGAUAUGCUGAAAGACUCCAUUAUUUUGGCCGAGAAGCUGAAUAGAACUCUUGUUUUGCCUCCGCUUUUGCAUGUGACGACGAAGAAGCACUCGAAUGAUUUUGAAGUCAAUCAAACAACGAUAACAGCUUGGGAUUCGUGGCGAACAAUCGACACCUCUCUCGUCUCCCAAAAAAUCAACAUCGUCGGUGUCCACCAAUUCCGCGACAUUUGCGGCAAACAAGAUCUCCAAGUGAUCAUGUCUUGCUCAAAAAUGUCCAACGUCAAAACCAACCAUUAUCGAUACCAAGACGUUUUUCACGAAAUCUGGGGCUUCGAGCCAUUGAAAUUGAUGGAGAUCAACGGAACCGUGAAAAUGCAAGAUCCUGCAGCGGUUGUUUCGAUUCCAACGACUGCUGGGGGGCCUGUUCAGUUAGAUACUGCAGCAGAGGCGUUUAAAUCGGAUAGUAAAUGCGCGACAGUGAUCAAUCCUCACGCCUGCUUUUCUUACAGAGCGAUGGAAUGGAUGAACUUUGCCAAGCAUAUUAGUUUGCAUCCGAGAGUCAGAUCGAUCGCUGACGGGUUUCAUAAGCGUUCUCUCCACGGAAAACAAUUCGCCGUUUUUCGAAUGGACGAGUUUGAGUACUGCGCCAAAAAUUCCCCUCCUCUUCCCCUGGCGACGAAAUUCAUGCGACAUGUGAUGCUUUGUCCAAUAUUCGGAGCUGGAGCCGUCAAAGUUGAGAAAAUCAGAAGCUUUAUUGAAGAUAAAGCUCGCGUCUUCAGCGACCUCAAGUCCUUCAUCACAACAUUCAAACCCGGCUUGGUGAACUCAACAGUCGACUUUUCCCUCGCCGAAAUCGACCUUGCUUCUCGCGCUUCAAUUUUCGUCGGUUCUGAGCAUUCUGAAUGGGCAAGAGCGGCUGUUGCUGAUCGAAGAGGAAAAGAUCCAGAGUCGAGAGAUUUCUCCUUCUUGGCGAUGCUCGUUUCUGGUGUCAAAAGGCCGGUUGAAUUGAGAAAAAUCAGACCACUGAAUCGUGAAACACUCGAAACUCAUGCUGUUGAAAGAUCAGAAGAAAAAUAG